GUUGGUUUACGUUGGUGUCUACUUCGACGCGUGGAACUGCAAGUCAACGACUCAAAAUCUCCGGUGUCUCCUCUCGUUUGGCUACCAAAUGGUCUUCUCAUGUUCCAUCACAAUUCCAACAUCUACCUCUUUAGUCAGUGGUCAUCUUCUAAAGACAAUGGCAGUAGUUCUCUUAUCCCCACCAAGCUGUUUGAGCAAGAUUCUUCUUGCUAUGGUUUUGUCAGCGUUAAGGCUUCUCGUUUGAGCGAGAUUUAUUGUAAUCUUAGUCUUACUAAACGCCUCUCGAAGCAAGAGAUUGAAACAAGGUCGUGUCUCAAGAGGUAUCAGAGGGCGGCUAAUCCUUUCAAACAAUCCUUCUAUGACAAUCUUGGACUUUUUGAAGCUGCUCAGGUAAAUUGA